AUGGCCUUCAGUUCAAGCGAGCGGCGGCUUUUGCUGGAGACUAUCAACGACAUGCUGGCUGAAGACUUCUCGUCGAGUCCUAUGCCCGGUGUUGGACUGCCAGUGUACUCUUACCUAUGGAACGUGAUCGUCAACGGACUUCCUGCACCCAUUUACGGAGCCACCCAUUUCCAGGAUGUUGCAUUCGUUUUCGAUAACAUUGAAGGCAUUGGAUAUGCUGCCAACCCGUUUGCGAACGAGCCUCAGUCACACCUAGAGUUGGCGGACCUGAUGAGGAAGAUGUGGGUUCACUUCAUACACUACACCAGCCCCAACUUGGAAACUGCUACUAUCGCGUGGCCGAAAUAUAAGCCUGGACUCCACAAUACCCUUGUAUUCGAUACUGAUUACGAGUAUCUUGGCUACAUUGCGAAGGACAAGUACAGAAAGGAGGCGAUCUCGUACCUCCAGGACCAUGUCUUCGUGUAG